CUUUCUCAUCUUCGUCGGCACGAUAAUGUCUGCCAACCUCGAAUUCCUACAAAUUUGUUAAUGAAUACUCUCCCAAUCUUUGAUAUGUUACGGGUUCUUGAAGAGUUCACUGGAGAUUGCAAUUGGUAUUUCCUCGUUGUGCCAUGCAAAAUCUUGAAGCUUUUUUGCUUCUAAAAUUCCGAAGGGGAUGUUGUAAAUUAGAAGCCAUGCGACAGCGGCUAGGCGUGCGUUCUUUAUCUUGGCUAUUUAUGAUCGGCACGGCCGUUGUUUUACAGGCACUUGGGGUUGCCUCGGUUGUGGUACCGAGUUCAAAUUGCUACGUUCUUGAUAACUCCAGUCGCAUUGUUGAUUUCAGUAGCUGGGCUGGGAACAUUUUUGAAUAUGAAGGGAAGGACUCCGACUUGGUGGUUCGAUUUUGCAAAGAUGUGGAGAGUAGAUCACAGGCGGGAUAUGUGGAUUUUGGCCGAUAUGAUUUGUUCAACUACUUUGUUACUGGUUCAGGGCAAGUUGACUUUGUUCAAGGCUUUUUCAAUGGUGACCUGAUGAAUUGUGAGAAUAGUUAUGACAAAAGGGGACGUACAGCUCAGGUAAAUGUUGUAUGUGGAAGUUGUUUAAAUGGAAAAUGUAAAGGUGGGCUUGGAUGCAUAUGCAACAUUACUUACGAGUCAACUUGCAGAGUUUUUGUUGAACUUUCUAUUCCAUGUGAGAGACCAGGUCCACGGGUAUUUCAGGGUUUCACCGUUGGUUUUCAUCCACGUUCGUGGGAAGUUGUUUACAAUGGCAUGACUCAAUUAGGUUUUGAAAAGUCUCACCAUGAUUUCAGCUUUCGAACUGAACAAACUCAUGUAGCCCUUUAUAUGACUGCAAUUGCUUCUCUUUCGAAUUUGGUGCAGAAGCCUAUAAUUAAGGUUGUUCCAGAAAAUGGCUUGGAGGUUCGUUUAUCAGGUGCAGGGGCAACUGGGACACCUCCAACAACUUUGUCGCCCACAGUGGUGAUUGUGGAUUGGAGAUGUGAGAAGGCCAGUGAUAAUCCAUAUGAGGUUAAUGUCACUAUCCCAGUAGAGGGUUAUGAUCCCAUCCAAUUCAUUCUUACAAAAGCGUGUGAAUAUCGGCAGGAUCAAGGGGGUGAUGCAACACGAGGAUGGGCUAUUUUUGGAUUGCUAUCCUGCAUAUUCAUUGUAUUUUCAACACUGUUUUGCGUCGGAGGAUUCAUUUACAAAACUCGAGUAGAACGCCUGCGUGGGAUUGAUGCACUGCCAGGCAUGACAAUACUCUCCGCCUGCUUAGAAACGGUGAGCGGAGCAGGGCAAGGUUACUCUCGAGCAGAAGACCUUAACGCUGCAUUCGCAAAAGCCUCGUGGGAAAGCCCAUCUGUUUCUGUUCAAGGAGCUAGGAUACCCAGUGAGAAAAGCUAUGGAUCCAUCUGAAUUUCUGUUUUCCUCAACACAUCUCAGUUUUAACUGGGUUUUGUGCUGCAAAUUAUACAUACAUGGAUCAACCAACGAAUAUGCCGGAUCAUGGAGCCUUACAACCUUUUGUAUCAAAAAUAUUUGUAGUAAGAGCUUUGUAUGAUCAGUUGAGUACAUUCUUUGAUUUUGUUAUCUAUGAUUUCGAUAUAUUGAAAAGAGAGAUAUUUUAUCCACAAA